GAAGUCACUAGCUUUUCGUCUAAUUAGAAAAGUUGUGCUCUUAUUGUGCUACUGUUACUUCAGUUAAUCGGAAAACUUACAGUUUUCAUUUAAUUAUAAAGAAUUAAUUGCUUAAAAUGGCAGACAACGAUUUGGAAGAAUUGCGAGCACAAAGGAUGGCUCAGUUGCAAGCCCAAUAUGGCGGAGGUGGCGGAGGCGCCGGUGAUAAACAAGCUGCACAAGAGGAGAAAAUGCGCCAACAGGCUGAAAUGAAAAACUCUAUAUUAUCACAAGUUCUGGAUCAACAAGCCAGAGCACGGUUAAAUACACUGAAGAUAAGCAAACCUGAAAAAGCUGAAAUGUUUGAGAACAUGGUUAUACGCAUGGCCCAGAUGGGGCAAGUACGUGGAAAACUUGACGAUGCACAAUUCGUAAAUAUACUCGAAAGUGUUAAUGCACAGAUGCCACAAAACAAAUCAACAGUCAAAUAUGACCGUCGAAGGGCUGCUAUAGAUUCUGACGAUGACGACGAGGACUAUGGUUGCUGAUCUAUAAAACCCAC